AUGAUGGAGCUCCUCGAGGACGCCACGGAGCUCGCGGAGGCGGUCGCGCGCGCAGAGGAUCUCGAGCUCGAGGCGGAGGAACUGCGAACGUUAAACGACGCGCUCGCGACCGCGGCGGAGGAGGUGGCCGCGUUGGCGCGCGCCGGCGCCGGCGCCGGCGACGCCGCGGAAGAGCUCCGAGCGCUGAAGACGGAGGCGGCCGCCGCGAAGAGCGCGCUCGCGGUCGCGGAGACGCGCGCGAAGGAGAACAAAAACGCGCUCCUCGCGAAGAUUCGCGCGCUCGAAGUCGACCUCGCGGAGGCGGAGGGCGGACUCGCGCACGGCGCCGCCGACGGCGCCGCGGGCGAGGAGUUCGCGACGGCGAAGAGGACGAUCGAGACGCUCACCGCGCUCGCGGCGGAGCGCGCGGAGAAGCUGGCGGCGGCGGAAGCCGCGGCGGCGGCGGCCGCGUCUGAGGCGGAUCAGCUCAAGCGCCAGCUGUCCAAGUUUGCCAACAUCGGCGCGACGCCGCCGCCGCUGCCGAUGAUGAAGGACCUGAAGCGCGUGAGAGAGCUCGAGGCGAUGAUGGCGGAGAUGUUGACCCCCGAGGAAGCGCACGAGUUGGAGUCCAAGAUUCGAGCCUUGGAGGCGACGGUUGCGGAGAUGGCGGACGUCGAGGAGCUGGACGCCGCGGAGGGGGCGAGGGACACGCUGCUGUCCCGCGUCCGCGAGUUGGAGAUCAUGAUCGCGGACAUGGUUGACGUGAGCGAGCUCGAGGGCGCGGAAGCGAGGGCGAAGGCGCUCGAGGCGGAGGCGGACGCGAUGGAGGCGAAGGCGGAGGCGUUCAGGAAAAAGAUUCGCGCGCUCGAGUCGACGAUGAAAGGGAAGGUGCGGACGUUGGAGCUCGAGAUGGCGGAGAUGUCGUACGACGACGAGGUCGGCGAGGUCGCGCCGCCGCCGUCGGACCCGCGGAAGCGCGGCGGGGCGUUCACGAUGCGGAAGUUUAACUUCAACGAGGGCAAGAAAGAAGCGGCGCCCGCGGCGGCGGCGGCGGCGAAACCGGCGGCGGACGGGAAAGCGUUCGAGCGCUCCGGCGGCUUCACCCUCCGUCGGUUCGACUUUGCCGCGAUGAAAACAGUGAACGAGACGCCCGUGGUCGACGACGCGGUCGCGAACGCCGCGAGCGCGCAGCUGUGGAUCGACGCGUGGAGCGAUGCGAUGAACGCGAAGACCGCGGCGGCGAGCAAAGGGGCGUUCAAGCGCGCGCCCCGCGAGGCGUUCACCCUGCGCAAGUUGAACUUCAACUACACCGAGCCGGUCGCGGUCGCGUUCAAGCGCACGGACAACUUCACGCUGCGACGGUUCAACUUCGUGAAGGACCCCGAGGAGCUCGAGUCGGAGCCGAAGUACGAACAGGCGGUGACGUACAGCUUCGGCGACGCGCCGUUCAAGCGCGCCGCCCCGGGCAAUUUCCAGUUGCGUCGGUUCGACUUCCUCAAAGCUUCCGCGGUGAACGUCAAGUACGCGAACGAUUACAAAAAGAACAAGAACGCCUUCAACAAGCGCAAGGGCGGGUCCGGGCCCAGGCGGGUCCCCGCGGCGAAGCUUCGACACGGCUCUCGCCGAUCCAGCGCCUCCCUCCGCAGCGCCGUCGCGGUCUGCUGUUUCCGCUCCAUCGCGUCCCAGUCCGGCAAAUCUAAGUCGCCGACCCCGGGGAGGUCGAUCUUCUGCGCCGGCGGCUUCGGUCUCUUCUUCGCCGGCGGCGGCGACGGCGCCGGCGGCUUCUCGUCCUCGUCGAUCUCGUCGUCGCUGCCGUACGCGCCGAGGAGCCCGGCGAGUCCGCCGCCGCCGCCGCCGUCGUCGUCGUCGUCGCCGCCGCCGCCGCCGUCGUCGCCGUCGCUCGUGGCGACCUUACGCUUCUUCCCGGCCUCGCCCGCGCUCGUUCCCGCCGCCCCCGGCAGCACGAGGGACACCUUCUCGCCCUUGCGCUUCACGACGAUCCCCGGAGGCGCGGACGUCGACGGCUUCGCGAUCCCCCCCGCGGCGCGCGCGCGCGCGAUCCCCUCCGCGACGCGCUUCUCCUCCUCGAUCUCCUUCGCCCUCUGGAACAUCCGGGACGUGGCCUUGCGCACCCCGGCCACGCUCGCGCGUUCUCGGGGGACGUACGCGGGCAUCGGGGCUUCGUCCGCCGGUACCCCCGGGGACGAGGUCCCCCCCCCGCCGGAGGAGCUCCGCGAGUGGGCGUCGAACACCGCGACCGGCACCUUGGGCGGGAUGAUUUACGGGAUGAUACAGGCCGCGCGCACGGACCCGUUCGUGAACGCCGCGGGGGAACCGAUGAGCGCGAUCGUCGCGAAGCGGCACCGAUGGAUGCGCGGCGCGCACGAGGCGACGAUGGGGGGGUUACGCGUGGGGAGCUUCGUCGCGGUGUUCAGCGCGAUCGAGAUGGGCGCGCAGGUCAAGCGCGGCGGCGCGAGGGACAUGUGGAACACCGCGCUCGCGGGGACGGUCACCGCGGCGGCGACCGGGCUCGCGAUCCCGGGAGGGAUCGCGACGCGCCUGCGCGGCGCCGCGCUCGGCCUCGCCGUCGGCGCGGGGAUCGGGCUCCCGCUCGGGUACGCGCGGUACGAGCUCGAGCGAACUGUGUUGGUCCCCGAGCGCGAGAAAGCGGCGACGGCGCGCGGGGAGACGACGGAGACGCGAGGAAAGAGGGACUACACCGGCGAGGUCAUCGCGGACGCGCGGCGGUCGAUGAAGGACGCGGACGCCGCGGUCGCGAAACGCCGGAGGUGGUUCCCGUGGUUCCGCGGUCCGCGCGCGCUCGACGCGGCCGCGGUGGUGAUGGACGCCGCGGGGAUGGAUCCGUACUGGAGCGCGGAGCUGAUCGACGCUCCCGCGGGAUGGGACGUCGCGAGAGGGCCGGGUAGGAGGCUCUUAGGCGGCGGCCUCGACUUGACCGCGGAGGAGAAUCAGGUGUAUCUGUUCUUACUCAUGUUCGGCACGCUGCUCUUCGCCGUGCCGCCGCUGGUGAAGUGUGUGCACAUCAUCAAGGCGAUGCGAGCGCACUCAAAGCACGGGCACCGCGUGGAGGACGAGGACGAGGACGCGCUGUGGGACUUCCAGGACCAGUACGACGACUUGAAAAACGUGCACGACCCUUUGGACGGGGACGCGCGGGACAAGCGGAAGAAGCGAAGAGAGCGGCGGUGA